CGCCAUGGCGGCCCCGCGGGCGCUGCUGGCGGUGUCCCUGCUGUCCCUGCUGUCCCCGCUCCUCUGCCCGCUCCUCUCCGCCCGCCCGGCCGGGGCAGCGCCCGCCCCGGCGCCCCGCAAUGUCUCCGUGCUGCUGGAGCCCGGCUCCGGGCGGCUGAGCGUCCUGCCCGGCCGCCUCCCCGCCGCCGUGGCCUGGGCCAGCCUCGAUGACCGCAUCCCGCACGUCGGCUGGGCCUUCCUCGAGGUGACCACCAAUGCCUCGUACAAUGACAGCCUGCAGGCCUACGCGGCCGGGCUCGCCGAGGCCGCUGUCACCGAGCAGCUGAUGUACAUGCACUGGAUGAACACCAUGGUGGGCUACUGUGGCCCCUUCAAGUACGAGAGCGAGUACUGCCAGAAGCUCCGGGACUACCUGGAGGCCAACCUGGGCUGGAUGGAGGAGCAGAUGGGGAAGGGGCAGGACCCUGAGUACUGGCACCAGGUGCGCCUGGCCCUGCUGCAGCUGAAGGGGCUGGAGGACAGCUACAACAGGCGCCUGGACUUCCCCCGGGGCAGGUUCACCCUGGCGCCCUUUGGCUUCCUGCUGCUGCAGUUGGGGGGUGACCUGGAGGACCUGGAGUCUGCCCUGAACCGCUCCUCCCCGCAGCAUGUCCUGGGCUCAGGCUCCUGCUCUGCCCUGGUGAAGCUGCUGCCGGGCAAUCGGGAUCUCCUGGUGGCCCACGACACCUGGACCUCCUACCAGUCCAUGCUGCGCCUCAUCAAGAAGUACACGCUGCCCUUCCGCGCCUCGGCCGGCGGCAAGUCUCAGAUCCCCGGGAGCGUCCAGGUGUUUUCCUCCUACCCCGGCACCAUCUUCUCCGCGGAUGAUUUCUACAUCCUCAGCAGUGGGCUGGUAGCGCUGGAAACCACCAUCGGGAACAACAACCCGGCGCGGUGGAAGUAUCUGGACCCACGGGGCAGCGUCCUGGAGUGGCUGAGGAACAUCGUGGCCAACCGGCUGGCCCGCAGCGGGCCCGAGUGGGCCACUGUCUUCCGGCAGUUCAACAGUGGCACGUACAACAACCAGUGGAUGGUGGUGGACUACAACGCCUUCACGCCAGGCAGAACGAGCCCAUCACCGGGCGUGCUGACCGUGCUGGAGCAGAUCCCGGGCCUUGUGGUGGAGGCUGAUCUGACGGAGCUGCUGUACCAGCAGGGCUACUGGGCCAGCUACAACGUACCGUACUUUGAAGAGGUCUUCAACGCCAGUGGGAACCUGGAGCUGGUGAAGAAGUAUGGAGACUGGUUCACCUACGACAAGAACCCGCGGGCCCAAAUCUUCCGCCGGAACCAGACGCUGGUCCAUGACCUGGACUCCAUGAUCCGCCUCAUGAGGUCCAACAACUACCUGCAGGACCCUCUGUCACGGUGCAAGGAAUGUGACCCCCCUCAGAACGCCGAGAACGCCAUUUCCGCCCGCUCCGACCUCAACCCUGCCAACGGCACCUACCCCUUCCCUGCCCUGCGCCAGCGCUGCCAUGGUGGCACCGACAUGAAGGUCACCUCCUCGGGCAUGGUCCCCUCCUUUGGGCUGGUGGCUGCCAGUGGCCCCACGUGGGAUGAUGUGCCCCCCUUCCGCUGGAGCACGUCCCCCUGCAGCUCCCUGCUCCACAUGGGCCACCCGGACCUCUGGACAUUCCCCCCAGUCAAGGUCCACUGGGACUGAACAGGCACCCGUGGGCUGAUCCUGUCCGUCCAUCUGUGGGUGUCUGUCCUGUGGGGGGAUCCCUUUGGGGGGCAGCUGGGUGUGGGGGGACUGCAGCUCUGUGAAACACAGCCCUCCCCUGGCUCUCUCUGCCUCUCAGAUCCCGGUUGUGCUGCGCAGGGGGCUGAGCCCCCGCUGUGCCCCUUCCCUGCUGGUCUCAGGACUUGUCCCUGGGUGCUGACACCUGACUCGGGGGGGUUCUUCCCAGAAAACAGCAGGUCCUGGGAUCCUGGGGCUCGCCCGCGGGGCAGAGAGGAGGGCAGUGAGCUGGUGUGGCUGUGACAAAUAAAGCGCUCUGUGGUGGUGGCGGUGCUGUGCUCUC